AUGAGGUGUUAGAUAUAUUGUUUUAGUUUAGGAUAAUUAGAUUAAACUAUAAAUUUAAAAAUCUAGAAUAAUUUGUAACAAUACCUCCCACAGCUACACUAUAAUAGGAGAAAUCCCCAUUUUCAGAUUACCAUCCUUCAUUUGAAAAAAAAUCCAAUUAUCUAGUAGUAAAAUAUUCAAUAUAUAAUAUUUAACUGAAGCAUCCAUUUUAGUUACAAGAAUGGCAACCUUCUGGACAUUUUUCGAUAAAUAAUUAAAUAUCUGAAAUUCCCCAAAUUUAUUCACCUGAAAUUAAUAUUUAAACAGUUGGGCUAUAAUGAUAAACAUAUAAGAACAACAUUAAAAUUAUAAGAAUCUCCACAAAGAUAUUAAGAAUCUGAAGGAUAAUAUAACUAGUUAUGCUUUUCAAUAUUAUCUAUAUAAACUUUAAAUCGAUUUCCAUUCCAACAGUCUAUUCUAUAAUUAUUUCUAAAUAUUUAACCUCCAAAACAAAAAUCUAAAUCUUAAUUAAUAAUGUGGUUGGAGCUGAAAUGUUUUUUGAAUGAAAGUUCGAAAGUCAAAACAAUUUAAACCUCCCAUAAUCAGUUUUGA